AUGAAUUCGAACUCGAAGGACACAAACGGAUACAACGGACUCCCAUCUGACGCUGAACUUGCACGUCUCGAUGCUAUGAUAAAUUCCGAGCAGGCAGAGGAAAGCUCAGAGAAGGAUGUUGCUGAAAUUCUAGCACAGUUAAACGACGCAGAGUUGGUGGUAGAACGGAUGGAAAACAGCCUUGAUCGGCUCAAUGAACGACUGGAUGGAAUACUCGAAGGCCUCGAGGCUGCUCAGCCAGCCACGGAGACGACAACCGAAGGUCAGACCCAGAGCGAUGUAUCUGAAGCAAACCAAGCGCCGCCAGAGGAAUAA